AUGGCUGCUAGGACGACCCUGUCUCAUGACGAUUACACGGUCGGAUGGGUAUGCGCCCUGCCGCUGGAAAUGGCGGCUGCGAAACUGAUGUUGGACACAAUCCAUCCGAGCCUGCCGAGUCUAUCAACCGAUCAAAACAACUAUAUCCUUGGCAAUAUCGGGAAACACAACAUCGUCAUUGCCUGCCUACCAGGUGGCGCAUAUGGCAUUGUCUCAGCUGCAACAGUGGCGAUGCAGUUGCUCUCGAGUUUCCACUCUAUCCGCUUUGGUUUGAUGGUUGGUAUCGGUGGUGGUGUACCAAGCAGCAACGCAGACAUUCGACUAGGCGAUAUUGUGGUGAGCCAGCCAAAGGACACAUUUGGAGGCGUGAUCCAAUACGAUCUUGGGAAAGUGUUACAUAACGGUCGAUUUCAGCGGACCGGGAUGUUGAACCGGCCCCCGAAGGUUCUACUGACUGCUCUUGCCACACUACAAGCACAUCAUCUUACAGAAGAUAGUCGGGUUAUUGAAUUUAUUUCAAACAUCGAUGUUAAGACACCACGGCGUAAAGCCGCGAAUUUUACUCGUCCUAUCCAAGAGGACUGUUUAUACCAAGCGGAAUAUGAUCAUGGUGCACAUGAUACAUGUGUGGAUUGUGACCAAUCAAAAUUAUUACCUCGAGCUUCGAGAGACCAUGAUGAGCCAGUCAUUCAUUAUGGACUCAUUGCAUCUGCGAAUCAGGUGGUGAAAGAUGGCAGACGGCGAGACCAGCUGGCUCAAGACUUAGGUGUAUACUGUGUGGAAAUGGAAGCGGCGGGGCUCAUGAAUGAUUUUCCAUGUGUGGUCAUUCGAGGCAUAUGUGACUAUGCUGACUCACAUAAGAAUAAGCAAUGGCAAGGGUAUGCGGCGGCAGUGGCGGCAGCCUAUGCUAAAGAGCUGCUUUUGGUGGUUCCAAUCAAUCAGAUUGAUAACACUCCUCUAGCACGAGAUAUUCUGGCAGACUCUGUUGAUCGCUUCCAAAUACCUCUUGAUCUUACUACUGUGCCUGUGAUCGAAAAUUUUGUAGGGCGGCAAGCCGAGCUAGAUCGCCUAUGGCAGUAUUUCAAGCCGGCAGAUUUCCAACGACGCAAGGUCGCGAUUCUUCAUGGGCUUGGUGGAAUCGGAAAAACACAGCUAGCGAUUCAUUUCGCACGAGAACAUAAACAUGAUUUCACCGCUAUAUUCUGGUUAAGUGGUAAAGAUCGAGGCACGCUCCUACAAUCAUUUAGCUCUAUCUUGCCUCAGUUACCCGGGCAAUCGCAGACCAGCGAGGUAAUUGGUGACGAGGAGCUAGAACAACGAGCUAGACAAGUAUUGCAGUGGCUAGCAGAUGACGGUAACUCUCGCUGGUUAAUCAUUUUCGACAAUAUUGAUCAAUACUCUCCAAUCGAUAGCGGCGCUAGGAAGGCAUAUGACAUUGGAAAGUUCUUUCCCGCAGCAGAUCAUGGCUCUAUUAUUAUCACCUCUCGACUUCUAGCGCUUACUGAACUAGGAGAGUCUAUUCCAAUCCACAAACUUGACUCGACGGAAGCUAUUCAGCUUCUCUUAAAAAAUAGCGGCUUAUCAACAAACAACACUAUGAAGAACCCUGAGAACAGGCUAGAUACUCUUGCCCUCGCUAAGCAUCUUGAUGGAUUACCAUUAGCGAUUGUCAUCGCUGCGGCAUUUAUGCGUCAGACUGGCACUAGCAUCGCUCAGUACUUGGAAUACUAUCAACAAUCAUGGUCAGACUUACAGUCAAAAUCAGGCCCUAUGCGUCAAUAUAUGCAAGGAAAUAUGCUAGAGACAUGGAUGAUAUCAUACCGUGAGAUCCAGAAUCGAGCCCCAAACGCAGCAAAGCUUCUCCUGCUGCUUGCCUACUUCGAUAAUCGGGACAUUUGGUAUGAGUUGGUGGAAAGUGCUUCCAAUAGCCUCGAUGUUCCAAGCUGGCUUGAAAGAAUAAUAUCAAGCGAACUUACUUUCAAAGAUUAUGUGAAGCCCCUCAUCGAAUUCUCUCUCCUUGAGACUAAGCAACAAGAAGGGAGCUAUGCAAUGCAUCCUGUGGUACAGGACUGGUGCUUUUAUAUUGCCAGCACCGAAAAGAAUAUGACCCCUAGCCAGCUUUCUGAGCUAGUACUGAUAUCAGUCGGAUGGGCAGUUCCUAGUGACAGCGAAAGGAAUUAUUCAAAGCGUCAGCGACGGCUUAUUCCACAUGCAAAUGUCAUUCUUCUUGGUAAAUUCCAUGGUGAGAACGUUAGUAUAUGGGGGGCAUUCCAUAGGCUAGGGGAUCUCUACUCUGACCAGGGCAAGCUUAAGGAGGCAGAGGAGAUGUACCAGCGAGCACUGGCAGGUAAAGAGAAAGCCCUAGGUCCAGAUCAUACAUCCACUCUUGAUACUGUGAACAACCUUGGGAAUCUCUACAGAGAUCAAGGGAAGCUUAAGGAGGCAGAGGAGAUGUACCAGCGAGCACUGGCAGGAUAUGAGAAAGCACUAGGUUUGCAGCAUGAAACACAUGCACCCACUCUUAAUACUGUGAACAACCUUGGUCUUCUCUACUCUGAUCAAGGGAAGCUUAAGGAGGCAGAGGAGAUGUACCAGCGAGCACUGGCAGGUAAAGAGAAAGCCCUAGGUCCAGAUCAUACAUCCACUCUUGAUACUGUGAACAACCUUGGUCUUCUCUACUCUGAUCAAGGGAAGCUUAAGGAGGCAGAGGAGAUGUACCAGCGAGCACUGGCAGGAUAUGAGAAAGCACUAGGUUUGCAGCAUGAAACACAUGCACCCACUCUUAAUACUGUGAACAACCUUGGGAAUCUCUACAGAAAUCAAGGGAAGCUUAAGGAGGCAGAGGAGAUGUACCAGCGAGCACUGGCAGGAUAUGAGAAAGCACUAGGUUUGCAGCAUGAAACACAUGCACCCACUCUUAAUACUGUGAACAACCUUGGUCUUCUCUACUCUGAUCAAGGGAAGCUUAAGGAGGCAGAGGAGAUGUACCAGCGAGCACUGGCAGGAUAUGAGAAAGCACUAGGUUUGCAGCAUGAAACACAUGCACCCACUCUUAAUACUGUGAACAACCUUGGGAAUCUCUACAGAAAUCAAGGGAAGCUUAAGGAGGCAGAGGAGAUGUACCAGCGAGCACUGGCAGGAUAUGAGAAAGCACUAGGUUUGCAGCAUGAAACACAUGCACCCACUCUUAAUACUGUGAACAACCUUGGUCUUCUCUACUCUGAUCAAGGGAAGCUUAAGGAGGCAGAGGAGAUGUACCAGCGAGCACUGGCAGGAUGUGAGAAAGCCCUAGGUCCAGAUCAUACAUCCACUCUUGAUACUGUGAACAACCUUGGGAAUCUCUACAGAAAUCAAGGGAAGCUUAAGGAGGCAGAGGAGAUGUACCAGCGAGCACUGGCAGGUAAAGAGAAAGCCCUAGGUCCAGAUCAUACAUCCACUCUUGAUACUGUGAACAACCUUGGGAAUCUCUACAGAGAUCAAGGGAAGCUUAAGGAGGCAGAGGAUUCGUACCAGAGAGAACUGCCAGAAAGUCAAAAGGUUACGGGUCUCAAUGCUAAGAGGGCACGGCGGGCUAUAGGUAAAUUUACUCGAUGGUUUAAAUAA